AUGGAGACUCCAGAAGAAUUUAUUUUGGUUAAACUGGACAUCUCCAACGCAUUUAAUUCAGUCAGAAGAGAUUUCCUGUUGGAGUCCUGCUAUGCUCUUGCCCCCUCGGCUUAUCGUCUGGUCCAUCUAUCUUACUCUCAACCAAGUCUCCUCUUGUUCGGUAAUUCUGUUAUCGUAUCUUCGACCGGUGUACAACAGGGAGAUCCUCUUGGUCCUCUGUUGUUUGCAAUCUGCGUCAACUCCAUCGCCCACUCUGUCCUUUCCCCUAUAAACAUCUGGUAUCUUGAUGACGCCACAAUAUGUGGACCACCAUGCUCUGUCCUAGAGGACCUUCGCGUAAUUAUCCCUGCCCUUUCAUCUAUUGGUCUUGAGAUAAACUUUGCCAAAUCCGAAGUUAUAAAUCUCAAUAUCCCACACGGAAUUUUUGUCGAAACUAUGGCCGUUCUGGAAGAUAUUUUAAAAGGCGUGCGGAUCACUGAUAAAAAAAACCUCCUCAUCCUUGGCUCCCCAAUUGGUCGCGAGGCUUUGUCUCAAACUCUUAUUGACAAGGCAGCUGUUCUGUCAUGCAUUAUUCAAAGACUCUCUCUCAUCGACGCUCAUGUCGGGUUCUUUCUUCUCCGUAAUUAUUUUUCAACUCCGAAGCUACUAUAUACAUUAAGAAGCUCUCCGUGUUUUCACGAACAAAAUCUCCUUUCCGUUAUUGAAAAUAUUCUGAAGUCCGGAGCAGAGUCGCUAUGCAACGUACGUUUCGACCCUCUUGGUUGGAUUCAAUCCACCCUGCCUGUAAGCCGCGGUGGGAUUGGACUCCGUUCUCCCGUGUCUAUCGCUCUUCCUGCUUUCCUUUCGUCAACGGCAUCAUCCCGUGUCCUCACUGACAUUGUUCUCAGAAACCUACCCGAACGAAAAAUGUCAGUUGAUCACGUGGCCGCUUUGGACCUGUGGGAUUCAUUGUACAACAAAAGACCCAGUGACCCGUGUAUCCAAGCUCAAUGGGAUGCCAUUUCUUGUGAAGCUCUUGACGUUCAUCUACGCAAAAAUUUCGAUCAGCACAGACUUGCAUGUCUCCGCGCAGGCUGCUGCACAGGGAGUGGGGCCUGGCUGGAUGCUCUCCCUGUCCCUUCCACCGGUAACCUAUUAGACAAAGAUUGCCUACGAAUUGGUUUAUCAUUGCGUCUUGGAUUGGAAAUCUGCGAAAUACACAAAUGUCGUUGUGGUGCUGUCAUUGACCGUUUUGGUCUACAUCCCCUUUCCUGUCGUCGCAGUGCAGGGCGCGCACCACGCCAUGCAGCACUUAACGACGUUAUUCAGAGGGGGCUCACGGCCGCUGGGAUUCCAUCAAUCCUCGAACCCGUCGGGCUUGCGAGGGGAGACGGAAAAAGACCCGACGGCCUAUCGACUUUCCCGUUUGAGUUCGCAAAACAUUAUUUCCAAUUGCAAUUUCUAUAUCCUCUUGUUCGGAAAAAAGCCAUAAAUGGUGACAUAUUUAUAGAAGAAUGA